AUGAAGUCAUGUGUAUUUUGCAGAAAAAGGAAGCUCAAAUGUGACAAAACCAAGCCAGUGUGCGGGCAGUGUACAAAGAGAAAAUUGCCUAAAUGUGUUUAUGUAGAGAGUUAUAAUUUUGACCUAAGAGAAGAUGAUCUCUUUAGUGGACUACCUAAUUUAAAAUUACUGGAAAGAAUCCAGGAACUUGAGUCUCUUUUCCGCACAGUCUGCCAUUCUUCACCAACCAUGGAAGAUUCUGAUAUAAUCUCAGCCAAGCAUGAUGUAUCAAACUACCUAAUUAUCAAUUCAGAUGAUAAACGGAUGAUCCGAUAUGGUUUAACGUCAUAUAUGAAUGGAAUACAGGGUCCUGAUGACUACUUUGUAAGAGAGUUUCGAGGCAUAUGGGAAAGUGUGAUUAAAGUAUAUGAAGAUAUUGAACGUACCGCUAAUGAUGCCAAACAUUUUGUGGACUUUAUUCCAUUAGCUGUUUCUGAAAGUGUUCUCAAUUCUUUAUGCAGCUCUUUACCGAAUUAUAAUGAUAUGAAGACAGGAAUAAAAGACUUUUUCAAUAAUCCACUUCAUGAAAUGACGUCCUUUCUAGAUGAAGAGAAAAUUUUUGAGGAAUUUGAUAAAUACUUUUUAUAUGGCGCUACAAAUAGUACAAAUGCUACCCAGUUAACACUUUAUCAAAUUUUAGUGCCAGAAAAUAAUAAUAUAUUCAAGAUCGCAAUAAUUCUUCAGGUCUAUUGUUUUGCACGUCCUAAGAUGGUACCAUCAAUGAUUGCAAGUUUUUUGGAAAUGGUGUCAAACUCAAAUGGUUCUUUUGGAGUUGAAAAAGCACAGUUCUUGCUACUGCGUUAUUUUUAUAAAUCCUUCUACGAAAAGAGAAAUUUUUGGGAUAAUUCAGAUGAUAUUUUGUAUACAGUUUCUACCUUAAUCAAUUGCUGUACGACAAUCGGGUUAUAUGAUGUAGAUAAGUGGUAUUUUGGCAUGCAAGCUUCUGUUGGUGAUAUAAAUUGCCUAAAACAUCCAUUUUAUUGGGCUCUAUUGGUGGAUGUUACUACAUCCAUUCACUAUGGUAAGCCAUUAUGUAUAUCUUCCACAUACCUUCAUUUAGGUAGAGUAUUUGACCAAAAUGUUAAUAUUGAUGCAACUGACAAGAAGAAUGAAAGAAGAAGCAGGAUAUUAAAACUAUUUUUAAGGCUUUCUGUGAACUAUAUCGAUCAGCUUUCCAACAUGCGUUUGAUUUACCUGAACGAACUAAUAAAUGAAUAUCUUCGGUUUGUAGAGGAGCAUUUUUUACCACUCAAAUUUUAUACAAAUCUGGAAUAUGCACUAGUUGUGGAUAAGUAUGACGUGUUUUUUCUCUCACACGUGCUAGGAAUACUGACAUCCCUAUAUCACCUUAAAAUAAAGUAUCUCACCGGCACCUCCAUAUCCACUAUUAAUGAGUUUCUUAAAACCUCAUUAAUAUCAAUAUCGCUGUGUACUGCCACUAUUAUAGCGCCAUGUAAUGCGCCUUUGGCACUUCGCUCAUCUAGGGAUGAAGAUCUGCAAACACUUUAUCUUAAUCAUAGCUUAUAUUUAGUAUCCCCAUUAACGUUACGCACAAUACAUCAGGCAUACGAUGUAGCUCUUUUACUCAUCACAACUGUUCAAGGAACGCAAUUCAAUGAAUCUGCUGAGAGGCUGUCUUUUUUCGAAAAUCUAACCUCAGACAAAGGAGAAGCAUUCUCUUCUCUCUUUGUCACACGUACGUUUGAAUCAAUAUUGAAUAAAUUAAUGGAGCCUGAGUCACAAGAUUCGAGUAAGACUCUGCGGCAAUCUCAGUAUUUGAUAUCUAUUCUCUUAUUUGCAGCGACGUGGAAAGCAACGUUCACUCGUAUGGCCAAAGCUGCGUCAGUUGCACGACAAAGGAUCCAAGAUGAAAAAAUGGGUCUUGAAACAUUUUCCUUCAAAGAUUUAGUAUUUUCUAUUUACAACGAGAACUUCAAAUUGUCCCGUGAAGCUGAAUUUCGGACGAUUAUUAAAGAGGUUAUCGAUUAA